UACUAUACAGGAGCAUUAUCCCAUACAUACAAAGUUGUGAUAGCUGGCAAUCACGAGUUUUGUUUAGAAGAUGAUGGAUCUUGGGAUCGUAGGUACAUGAGACAACACUACAGAGAAAAAUAUGGUGUAGAAAAUAUACGUGACCUGCUGACUAACUGCAUUUAUCUUGAGGAUGAACUGACUGAAAUCUGUGGAAUAAAAAUAUAUGGUUCUCCAUGGACGCCAAUGUACAGCUGUUGCGAUGCAUUUUCACUGUCAGACAGGGAGGCACGUCAACAAAAAUGGGACAAGAUACCAACUAAUGUGGACAUAUUGAUGACUCAUGGACCACCAAGGGGUUUCGGUGAUACAACAACAAAAGGUGCUUCAGCAGGAUGUAGUAACUUGUUGAAAACAGUUCAGAAUCGUGUAAAGCCUAAAUACCAUGUGUUUGGACAUAUACAUGAAGGAUAUGGUAUUUAUAAAGAUGGAAAAACGACUUUCAUAAAUGCAUCAAUCUGCACUCGUGGAUAUAAACCAACAAAUCGACCAGUUAAGUUCCGAUUAUACGUUCCAGAUCCAUUUGUCUGUGAUAUGGAUACUGCAAAUUGCAGUACAAAAAUGGGUUGUGAAUCUUCUAGAAAAGGCUGUGAUACCUCAGAAUUUGUUAAUUGUGACAAUGGCUGUGAUACGUUGGAAUUUGUUAAACAUGACAAUGGCUGUGAUACGUCGGAAUUUGUUAAACCUGACAAUGGCUGUGAUACAUCAGAAUUUGUUAAAUGUGACAAUUUCUGUGAUAGUGAAUUAAUCAAAACAAAUGCAAGAUCAUUUCCAAGUAACACCAAACAAGAGCAAUUCAAAGAAAAGUUGAGAGAAUGUGCUUCCAAUUAGAACUGGGUGAAAAUGAUGGAACAGAAUUAGAUUACACAAAAUUAACAGAUUGUGAAAUGCAUACUAGUAUAUGAAAUGUAUAUACUGUAAAAUCAUUUAAUUUUGUUGGCCUAAAAUUUUAUAGUUUCAGUCAAUAUCCUAUUUCAUAGUGGUGGCUUAAAUUUUACUGGAUUUCCAAGUUUUAAGAAAACUUUGUAUACAAAUGUUCUUUCUUCCCCAGGAUUUAUUUUCUUGGACUAACACAACCUCAAAAUCCAAAAAAAAACAAUUCCCCAUGGAAAUCAAUGAUUUUACGGUACUAAUUCAGAGGAAGUACAAACAGAUUUGUUUCUUUUUACAGUAGGGGCACUGUUCCCAAGCUUUCCUUGAAUAGAGGUAGAUUUUCAACAGUUGUGAUAAACCCAGAGCAAACAGCAUUUUAUGAAGGUACACAUCCAACCAUGAACCUGCUUUGAUAAAUACAGUUUCAUCUACACAGUCAUCUAAUUAUGAACAUUCCUAGGUAAAUCAGACUCUUGUCUACACAUGUAACCACAAACUUGCUUUGAUGAAAUACACUAUUUCAUCUACACAUCCAACAAAGAACACUAUUUCCUAUUCCUGCUUUGAUAAAGCACACUUUUUCAUCUAUACAUCCAGCCAACAAUCUGCUGUAUAACACAUUAUUUUAUUAGCUCACCUGUUAUAUAGUGACAAGGUGAGCUUUUGUGAUCGCAUUUUGUCCGUCGUCCGUUGUCUGUCCAUCCGUAGUCCGUCUAUCGUCUGUUCACAAUUUCUUGUUAACACGAUAAAAACCACAUUUUUCAAUCAAUUUUAAUCAAACUUGCACACAGCUUGUAUUGGCAUAAUAUCUCAGUUCCUUUUGAAAAGUGGCCAGAUCCCAUCAUGGGUUCCAGAGUUGUGGCCCCUUAAAGGGCCAAAAUUUACUACUUUUGGCUUGUGAACACGAUAGAGACCACAUUUUGCAAUCAACUUUAAUCCAACUUGCACACAACUUGUAUUUGUAUAAUAUCUGGGUUACUUUCGGAAAUUGGUCAGAUCCCAUUGUAGGUUCCAGUGUUUAUCGCCCCUUAAAUGGCCGAAAUUUGCUAUUUUUGGCUUGUGAACAAGUUAGAGACUACAUUUUGCAAUCAACUUUAAGCAAACUUGCACACAACUUGUAUUGGCAUAAUAUCUCGAAUCCUUUCAAAAACUGGUCAGAUCCCAUCAUAGGUUCCAGAGUUAUGGCGCCUUAAAGGGCCAAAAUUUGCUAUUUUGGCUUUUGCAGCCAUACAGAGACUUCAUUUAUAGUUUGAUUUGAUACAGACUUGCAAAAUAUCUUUAACAACAAUAACUCUUGGAUUCCAUGGUGAAUCUGUCAGGUCCAUUUAUAGGUUCCUGAGUUACGGUCCCUGAUUGACCCCUGAAAGAGCCAAAAUUUGUUAAUUUUUACCUUGUGAACACGAUAGAAGUAACAUUUUAUAUUUGAUUUUAACCACACUUACACACAACUUAAGUCACAGUAAGAUCUCAGUUCUUUUUGAAAACUGGCUAGAUUCCAUCAUGAGGUCUAGAGUUACUGAAAGGGGCAAAUUUUCUAUGUUGGCUCUUUCAGCCAUAUAGAGGUUUCAUAUUAUUAUAUGCUGCUUUGAUUUGAUACAAACUUGCAUGGAAUGAUUAUCUUGAUGAUCUCUAGGCCUGGAUUGAAACUGGCUCAUGUCGGGUCAAAAACUAGGUCACCCGCUCAAAUCAAAGGAAAAGCUUGUUAACACUUGAGGCCACAUUUAUGACCCGAUCUUCAUGAAACUUAGACAGAAUGUUUAUCUUGAUGAUUCCUAGGCCAAAUUUGAAACUCGGUCAUGUGGGGUCAAAAACUAGCUCACCACUCAAAUCAAAGGAAAAGCUUGUUAAAACUGUAGAGGCCACUUUUAUGACCCUAUCUUCAAGAAACUUUUGUCAGAAUAUUUAUCUUGAUGAUAAAGUUUAACAGGUGAGCGAUAUAGGACCAUCAUGGCCCUCUUGUUUAGCAUAAAAUUAAAAGCCUUAAGGGACUUUAAAUCUGCUUUAGUAUAGCUCACUAUUUUGCCUACACAUCCAACCAUGAACCUGCAUCGAUCAAGCAUGUGCUAUUUUUCCAUUGAGGUUGCCAGUAGAAGGAAGUUAUAUUGCAAGCCUUAUAUUAUUAAGAGAUAUAAGCAACAAAAUCAUUAGAAUAAACUACACAGAAAAGAAAUAUUUAUGCAGCUUAGAUUUAUGUGAUAUUGCUUUCCUAAUGAUGCAAGACAUAUUGAUUAAACCGUUUUAUGCUGUUAGUUAUUCCAGAUCUGAUAGCAUUAUUUUAUUCGCAACCAUUAUCUUAUCUCCAGAUAUUUUUGGUUCACUGUAUGUAUUAUGAAACUAUUUUAUUUAUGAAUUUUCAUUUUAGUUAUUGUGUUUCAAUUUUUCCAACACUUGUUUUUGUACCAUCUGUGUUUAAGCCCUGGAUGGCAUAAAGUAUUUGAACUGUCCAUCUUGUCAGUCUUUACUUUGAACUAUCCUGUCAGUCUUUACUUUGUACUUUUGGUUAAAGUUCCGUGUGCAAUUAAGUAUCGAGCUGUUUCUCAGUAUGAGCUAUUUAAGUUGGACACAAUGCUUACCAGUUAUCAAACCUACUGAAAUAACUAUGUUAGAUAACUCUUGGUUGAAUUUGAUUCAAAUUAUGGCCCUUUCUCCAAACAGAAAAUGCAUUUAAAUCUUGCCUGAAAUCAGCUUGUCAAACUGUAUGUCAGUAACAAAAUUAUGUAAUACAACUAUUAGAAUUAAACAUCACAAAAUGCUUCCCAUUUAUCAGACCUACUGAAAUUACCAAGUUGGAUAUAACUUUUUGUUGAAUUUGAUUCCCACCAUGGCCUUUUUUUCUUAGAACUUAAAAAAAAUGGUUAAACUUUUGCAUGCAACUAAGAGUGAAGCUUUAUCUUGAUGUGUAUUGGAUUGAAACUUAACACAGUAUGGCUUCCCAAUCCUCAAGCUUACUGAAAUAACCAAGUUAUAUAAUUCUUGGUUGAAUUUAAUUGAAGUUAUGGCCUUUUUUUAACAUAGGAGUUUGGUUGAAGUUUUGGAUGCAAGUUGUUACCAUUGCCAUAAUAAAAUUUGAAUUUUACAUUUAAAAUUACAUAAGUCUUGCAGUUAUGGCCCUUAUUCAGCUUAGAAGCUGUUGAAUAAGAAAGCUUUCUAUCUUCUGGGCAACACUUGUUUCAUUAUUUGUCUGAUGGUCCUUUUAAGGUGACAGUACACUUUUAGUACAGUUUAGAUUGUGUAAUCUGAAUAAAUAUUGAUAUUGGUUUUAACCUUUUAUGAUAAACUAUUUGUUACUGUGAGGACUUGUUUUAUGCAAGGUUUUUUAUAUAUUGCAUUGUCACAGUUUUUUAGCUCACCUGUCACAUAGUGACAAGGUGAGCUUUUGUGAUCACCCUUCGUCCGGCGUCCGGCGUCAGUCCGUCCGUGCGUCAACAAUUUCGUGUCUGCACGAUAGUGGUUUCAUUUAUGAUUUUAUUUUAACCAAACUUGCACACAACUUGUAUCACCAUGAGAUCUUGGUUCCUUUCUUGAACUGGCCAGAUCCCAUUAUGGGUUCCAGAGUUAUGGCCCCUGAAAGGGCCAAAAUUAGCUAUUUUGACCUUGUCUGCACAAUAGCAGCUUCAUUUAUGAUUUGAAUUUAAUCAAACUUACACAAAACUUGUGUCACCAUAAGAUCUUGGUUCCUUUCUUGAACCAGCCAGAUCACAUUAUGGGUUCCAGAGUUAUGGCCCCUGAAAGGGCCAAAAUUAGCUAUUUUGACCUUGUCUGCACAAUAGCAGCUUCAUUUAUGAUUUGAUUUUAACCAAACUUGCACACAACUUGUAUCACCAUAAGAUCUUGAUUCCUUUCUUGAUUUGGCAAGAUUCCUUCAUGGGUUCCAGAGUUAUGGCCCCUGAAAGGGCCAGAAUUAGCUAUUUUGACCUUGUCUGGACAAUAGCAGCUUCAUUUAUGAUUUGAAUUUAAUCAAACUUGCACAAAACUUGUGUCACCAUAAGAUCUCGGUUUCUUUCUUUAACCGGCCAGAUCACAUUAUGGGUUCCAGAGUUAUGGCCUCUGAAAGGGCCAAAAUUAGCUAUUUUGACCUUGUCUGCACAAUAGCAGCUUCAUUUAUGAUUUGAUUUUAACCAAACUUGCACACAACUUGUAUCACCAUAAGAUCUUGAUUCCUUUCUUGAUUUGGCAAGAUUCCUUCAUGGGUUCCAGAGUUAUGGCCCCUGAAAGGGCCAAAAUUAGCUAUUUUGACCUUGUCUGCACAAUAGCAGCUUCAUUUAUGAUUUGAUUUUAACCAAACUUGCACACAACUUGUAUCACCACAAGAUCUUGCUUACUUUCUUGAACUGGCCAGAUUCCAUCAUGGGUUCCGGAGUUAUGGCCCCUUAAAGGUCCAAAAUUGGCUGUUUUGGCUUUUGCAGCCAUAUAGAGACUUCAUUUAUGGUUUUAUUUGAUACAAACGUCCAAAAUGUCUUCAACAUCAAUAAAUCUUGGAUUCCAUGACAAAUCAGAUCCAAUCGUAGGUUCCAGAGUUAUUUUAUAUCUGAUUACCACCCCUGAUUGUAAUCAAAAUGGAUUUAUAUCAGUAAGUACUUAUAGGACGUAUUUGAAAUUUCAUUAUUGUUAUUAGUUGGAGUGAGACAAUCAGGGUAGAUAACUAUGGAUUGAUUUUAUGUCAAAUUACCUCCCUUUAUUUCAAAUUAAAUUAAAUCUCCGUAACUAAUGAAGAUACUGAUUUGAAAUUUCAUUUAUGUCAACAGAUUUAUUUGGCAGAUCUUUCUUUUGUUCACUUACAAUAUAUAUUGUUUUUAAUUACUUCCCUUUUUCGUUACUAUAAAUAGCUUAUUUUUAGUAACUUUUUUAUUAUUGGUCGUAGGGAAAAACCGAGACCACUUUUCAGUGGUACAACAUGGAUGGUACCUCCAAUUUUUAGGUGUAUUUUGAGAAGAAUUGUAAGAAUUUUUUUCUUUCUUUUUGUUUAAAUUCUUCCCUUUGUUGUUCCUGUCCUUUGGAUUUAGAUAUUUUUUCUGAGGACCUUCUUGUCCUCAAGUGCAAUGAUAACAGGUGAGCGAUAUAGGGCCAUCAUGGCCCUCUUGUUUUAUAUCAGAUCACAUUUUAAAUAUCUUCCACAAAUAUGCAUUUAGGUAUGAUUUUUUUAGCUGACCUGAACCAAGUGUUCAGCGUGAGCUAUUAGUAUAGCUAUAUUAGUAUAGGUGGAUGGUCCAGCUGUCUAUCAUCAUUGGUCCAUUGUCAUCAUUUUGCACUUAAAUAUCUGUUUAUAUAUCACAUUUGUUCAAAUGGAGGCACUUGUGGGAGCUAAAAAUAGGAAAACCGUUGAACAACUUUUUCAUGAACCACAGGACAAAGCUUCAUCAAACCUUCUUUGUAGCAUAAUGGUAAGGUCCUAUCUCAAUUUAUAUCAAUCGGGGCACUUUGUCCCAUUAAGGGGCUGCUAAAGCUAAAAACAGGAAUACCUUCUCAUGAACUUUUUGAUGGAUGUUCAUCAGACUUGGUCUGUAACAACGUUGUUAGGUCCUUUCUCAAAUUUGUCCAAAUUUGGGCAUGUGACCUGUUUUAUGGUUUUGUAUGCUUAAUACAGAUUUUACCAUUAUUGAUUCUGUGUGUCAUGAUUUUUUGUUCAAGGUCAAAUAUUCAAGGUCAGGUGAGCAACUUAGGGCCACUAUGACCCCCUUGUUUGCUAAGACUUAUUAAGUUCUACAUUUUACAUCACAGUUUUACUUAUGUCGUAAGAUAUUAUUUGAUAAAUAUCUAUUUUUGAAACAUUUAUACUUGGCUAUGUUGAACUCAUGUAAUGUGCUUUGGAGUUACAUGUUUAGGUAACAGAUAAUGAGCCGUGCCAUGAGAAAAUCACUAUGUUGGUUUUCUCAUGGCACGGCUCAAUUAUAUUAAUUGUUUUUGUGAUAUGAUAUACUCCUGUAUUUAUAUUUUGGCAUUCUUGAGUUGUUAAUGCUUGGCUUUUUGGUGACAGUUUGAAUAUCUUGAAGUCAUAUAUGAAAUGAAAUUGCCAACUGUCAUUAUAGGCCCACUGCUUUAAAUUAAAACAUACCAUUAAAGUGUGGCCAAAAUAU